AGUUGGGCGACUGUUUAUCAUCGGCGCAUGGCGGUAGCAGCAGUAGCAUCGAGAGUCUGAUCGACCAUUACCUGGGGCCACUAUAUCCGGACUACGCGGACCACACGCGUCCGAUGCUGAUCCGACAGGCGCGCGAUUUGCUCGUCUGCACGUUCCAUGGCGAUCUGGAGCGAUUCGAGGGCGACUUUCUGCGUCCGGCCACCGAUAUCGUACGGGAGCUUCGAUGCGCUUAUCAACGGGGCAAGGAUCUAAGCUGGUGUGACGGUUGGCCGUUGGCUGUCGCCGGAGCCCUGGUGCUCCAUCUGGGAGCUCUUGAUGAAUCGCUGGUCCGUACACAGGAUACGUACCUUUGCAUUCGCCCCGAGCCGGACACGAGCAAACCCGAGCUCUAUGCAGUUUGGCGUGGCACAUCCACACCCUCAGCAGGAGUAUCAUCCGCACCAAACGUUGCCACCGACGCAACCCAUCCACAACCCGCAUCAAUCGUGUACCGACGGUUGGAUCCGAUCCGCGAUCCGAUCACCCCUCUAGCUGUGGAGAUGCUGACGGAAGAUCUGCCCGCCCUGCUGCAGAACCUCUUGGUCGGCAUCGAGCGGGCGAUCAGCCGCGUCCCGCUGGAAGACCUCUCCUUUCCACCCGCACCAAUCGAAGGCUCGACGCUUCCGGCCGAUGCCGACGAGAACGGUGAGCUGAAUGAGGCGGACCGGCAUCAGCACACCACCGGCAGCAAUGCACCGGGCACACCGAAGCUCGGGCUGCUGAAGCGUCGGGAACUGAUCACCAAAAACAACAAGCUGCUAAUCAACAGCAAGUACACGCAGCUGAAGCGGCAACCGCUGGCAGCUACCGUCGUUUCCGGUGCGAACCUGUCAACGACGGCCGGCGGCAGAGCAGUGCCGGGGGCGACCGGUGGCAAUCAAAACCGACCGCACGCCAAUGGUGGCAAAAGUGAAAAUGCACCACUGAUCGGCAGCAAUCAGUGUAAUGACGGCCUAAGCGUAACCAUCUGCGACACUGGAGGUGAUGAGGGCGGUGGUGGAGGUCAAGCCGGAGAUAAUCAGCAAUCAACAACCGUCGAAGUUGUUGGUUCGGUCGCGGCAGCUGGAGCAGCAGGAGCAGGAACAGCAGGGAUGCCACUAUUCUGUCUGGGCGGUUCCUUUCCGCACAUCGACAGUGACGAGGAGAGCAGUGACGAGCAGAAGAAAUGCGAACCAGCACCCCAUCUACCGCACGAGAUCGUUGCACCGCGAUCGAUCCGUGAGCUACCGGAGAAACUUUUGACAUCAGGAAUUUCAAUACCAGGAACGCACGAUCGCUCCGGCUCACCGAUCAUCUACAUCGAGGUGGAGAAAACGCUCGCAUCGGGCCUGAACUGUUACGAAAUUGCAACCGUGCUACUGUACUACAACACCCUACCGAUCCAAAGACCCGCCCAUUACACACUGCAUCUGCUGGUGAACGAAAGUGCACAGCUUGCCUUUCUCGACACGAUCGAGAGCACACUGCAACUGCUCGACGGCCACCUAAAGCUGUCUGCCAUUUUCGUGUGCGGUGCGUACGAUCCGUCGGAGCAGCAGAACAGUUUAAAGCAACCUGCUCGAGAGUUCCUUCGGCCGGGUAGUGUACGCGUACGCUACCUAAACAACGAAACGAUCAAGAACUACAUCAGCACGGACAAUCUACCCAUUCAGUGUUGCGGAUUCUACGUGCACAAUCAGCGCGAGUGGGUUGAUUUCUUCCAGCUGCUAGAAUCGUUGCAGCAGCAGUGCGUCGAAACCGGCCGACGAUUGGUCGCUGUGCUGGGUGAUCUUCGGGGUGCGGAAACUGCACCAUCCCAUCAGCAGGGCUCGGCACCGAACCAACAGCAACUGCCCGGUACGGCAACGACACGCCGACAGCUACAUUCACAGCACCGUGCGCUUAGUCGAGCGUUGAUGGACUCGGAGCUGCAGAGUUUGCGCCGCAAGGGCCCGAACACGAUCCAGCGGUUGCAGGACAAGCUGACCGUUAUCAACAACAGACAAACGCUUAAACAAACCAAAAAUUUAGUUAGAGCCUUUAGUGUAGAUAGUAACAUGUUGCGUAACGUUAGCAACGGAGCUAGUAGUAUUACCGCCCAUCACGGCACUGACCUCGACCAGGACAUCAUUAAUGGGCGGCUGGCGGAGGUGAUCGCCAUCUACGGGGAAGUGGAUCGGGCCGCACGGAAGCUGGAGCAGCUGACUGAACAGCGCCGCGAGCGGCUACGGGAGAUGACACGCCAGCGUGCCCUGGACGAUGAGAUUAACGAGGUCAUCUGCUGGAUGCGCAACGAAGGUGAACAAUCGCUCCGUACCUACGGUGAUCCGAGUGCCCUCGAAUGUCCCGAUACGGUUAAGGAGUGUGAGACUCAGUUCGAGCAGUUCUACUACAUCGCUCGCAAGCACGUUAGCAAGGGACGCGAUCUGUGCGAUGCAUCGGGCGAGCUGGAAAUUAUGCGCGAAAACCUCAAGCUGCUGAAGGACUGUGUGGACGAGUUCCAGGAACGGUUGGAGCGAGUGCGCGAGCGAAUAGAAGGUGCGGCCCGUCUACACUCCCUGCUCGGUAUGCAACAGCUCAAGCUGGACGAUGACAUACGGACGGAGAUGUUAAAGUUGGCGGAAAAGAUUGAAGCUCCAGCGCGCUUGGUAGAACGCUGUCGACGAUUAGUGCCGACGGUGAAUGUGGAACUGCACGACUCCUCCAACUCGAACGAGGAUGGUUCCGCAAACGAACAGUCCACGAAUAACCACAGUGUCCAUAGCCAGAACUUCCUCAACCAUAGCAGCAGCAACAACAACAACAACAACAACAGUACCAGUGAUAAUAUAAGUUUAGAUAUAAGCAUGUCGGAUGAUACGAUCACCGCUACCAGCACGCCGGAAAAGGGCAAGUUUGGGCAACCAUUACCACCGCCACCGCCACCCAUGCAGUCACUGCCAACGCUUACCGAGCAGACCGAUCCACAUCACGAUCAUCGCCACCACAGUCAGGAAGGUCCGGUGCAAGGGACAACGAUUACGCGACAUCAGAGAAGUCAGCACCAUCACCAUCACCAUCAUCACCACCACCAUCGUCACGACGAGGAGGACGAGGAGCUAUCAAAGAUGGCCGAUUCUGGACUUGGUGGGUGUGAUCGAUGCGAAGGAAACACUAAGCUAGAGCGGACCUGCUCGUGUCAAAGUUUCGAUGAUCCUAAAAAUGUGUGCAACAAUAGUGACGAUCUGGACGAAGAUUGCUUUGAAGGCAUCUCAAAGCCACCGCUCGAUCUGCAAAUACCGCUGCAGGCGAACGCCCAUCUUUACUGUCACGCCUCGAACCUGCAGCUCGACUACGAGGAAAACAAUCCGUUUGACCAGAAGACGCAAAAGACGCUUCUAUUGAUCAUGCGCGAAAUGAUUGGCACAGAACGCGACUACGUCCGCUCGCUGCAGUACGUGAUCGAAAACUACACGCAGGAGCUGUUGCGCGAGGACAUACCGCAGGCAUUGCGCGGCCAACGGAACGUCAUCUUUGGCAACAUUGAGCGUAUCUGCGAGUUUCAUCGGCAGCAUUUUCUUAACGAACUGGAAAGCUGUGAACAUCACCCACUGAAGGUAGGGACCGCCUUUCUCCGACACGAGUCCAAGUUCUAUCUGUACGCGCUGUAUAAUAAGAACAAACCGAAAAGUGACUCCCUGAUGAGCGAAAACGGUACUCAGUUCUUUAAGGCGAAACAGAUCGAGCUGAACGAUAAGAUGGAUCUCGCCUCGUACCUGCUAAAACCGGUUCAACGGAUGGGCAAGUACGCACUAUUACUGCAGCAGCUAAUGAAGGCGUGCGCAGAAGUGCAGCACACGAACAGCAAUCCAGAGAUCCUGGAAGACUUGGAGAUGCUACAAAAGGCGGAAGAGAUGGUACGAUUUCAGUUACGCCACGGUAAUGAUCUACUGGCGAUGGAUAGCUUGCGGGAUUGUGACGUGAAUGUGAAGGAACAGGGCCGUCUGCUCCGUCAGAACGAAUUCCUCGUGUGGGAAGGUAAAGCAGGCAAGAAGUCACUCCGGCAGGUGUUUCUGUUCGAAGAGUUGGUGCUGUUUAGCAAAGCGAGGAGAUUCCCGGAUCGCAAGAAUUUAGAUAUCUACAUCUACAAGAACAGUAUCAAAACGUCCGACAUUGGUCUGACGGCUCACGUUGGCGAUUCACCGUACAGGUUCGAGAUAUGGUUCCGAAAGCGUAAGCCCGGCGAUACUUGGACACUGCAGACGAUGAGCGAGGAUGUGAAGAAUGCUUGGACGGAAGAGAUCUCGAAGUUGCUGUGGAAGCAAGCGAAGCGCAACCGAGAGAUCCGAUUAGCCGAGAUGUCUUCGAUGGGUAUUGGCAGUAAACCGUGUCUGGACAUCCGCCCGAGUCAGGAUCAAAUCAACGAUCGCUCUAUCAGUAUAUCGCAGCUUGGCAAAGCACCCAAACUUCGCAACUCGUUCAUGGGUACACUGCCAGAAUCGAAGUCAAACAAACGACCACAGUCAAUCAUUUCCGUCAGCUCUUCUUCGUCGGGUAGUUCGUCCGUUAGUACCGGUACGAGUUCGACGACCAGCGGAUGUGAGGGAACGACGGUUAGUGUUAGUGGCAACAGCAGUAAUAGCUCGUCUGGUUCGUCCUCUGCCGCGAGUAAUAGUGGCAGCAGUAGUAGUAGCAGCAGUGCGAGCAGCACUACCACAACGAGCAUCACUACGUGCAAACGGCUAACGCUCAGCAUCACCGACCCGAAUGCUCCGGCACCACUCAAGACGGGCUACAAGAAACAUCAGCGAUCAACGACUCUCGUGAGCCAAUGUUCUAUGGAGAGUGGCAUCAUAGCUGAUAUUUCGCUCAGCCCGGACGAGGUACUGGACAAUCCGCACUGGCCACACCACCAUCAUCACCAUCACCAUAACAAUCAUCAUCUACCAAAGCAUACCAACCUGAAGAAGACUCACAGUCUAGCAUCGUCUACACACAGCUCUGGUCCCGUUUCGUUGCCCUCCUCCGUACUGCUGGAGGAUCCGAGCAAAACGGACGACAUCAAACCGGAUGCCAUGUCACCCUCGGUCGAAACGACCGACCAUACCAUAACCGUUCAUCUGUAA